AUGGCGUUUACGUUAGAGGAGAGACAACACCUGGGGAUCCAUGGGUUACUGCCCCCGUCCUUUCUGACUCAGGACCUCCAGGCCUUCAGAGUGAGGGAGAACUACAAACGCCAGCAUACUGACCUGGACAGAUACGUGUUCCUGACGGCUUUGCAGGACCGGAAUGAGAAGCUUUUCUACCGAGUGUUGCAGGAUGACCUGGAACAGUUCAUGCCGAUUGUGUACACUCCGACUGUAGGGCUGGCCUGUCAGAAGUAUGGACAUAUCUUCAGGAGACCAAGAGGUUUAUUCAUCAGUAUCCAUGACAGAGGACACAUAGCAGAGAUGCUGCACUCCUGGCCUGAACCUGACAUCAAGGCUGUAGUGGUGACUGAUGGAGAGAGGAUCCUGGGACUGGGAGACCUGGGGUGCUAUGGGAUGGGAAUCCCGGUGGGUAAGCUGGCCCUGUACACUGCCUGUGCCGGGAUCAAACCUGAACACUGUCUACCUGUCACUAUAGAUGUGGGCACAGACAAUGAAGAACUGUUGAACGACCCCCUGUACAUCGGACUGAGUCACAAGCGAGAGAGGUCUGAGCUGUAUGAUGAGCUGAUAGAUGAAUUCAUGGAGGCAAUCACUGCAAAGUACAGAAUGUCGUGUCUGGUUCAGUUUGAGGACUUUGCCAACCACAAUGCCUUCCGACUGCUGGCAAAGUACAGGAACAGAUACUGCACUUUCAACGAUGAUAUACAAGGGACAGCAUCAGUAGCCACUGCCGGUCUGCUGAGCUCACUCAGACUGACGGGGAAGAAAAUGCAGGACAACAAGUUUCUGUUUGUGGGAGCAGGAGAGGCUGCCCUUGGCAUCGCAGGCCUGAUAGUGAGUGCCAUGCAGGACGAGGGACUGUCUAAGGAGGAGGCGUGUGAACGGAUCUGGCUUAUGGACAAGGACGGACUGGUCUGUAAGGGCCGAGCUCAGGGAAAGGUGGAUGGACCUAAGACUCCAUAUGCACAUGAACAUGAGUAUCUGCCUAGUGUAGAGGCCUGUGUCAGGGAGCUCAAACCUUCUGCUAUCAUAGGUGUUGCUGGAGCAGGUCGCCUGUUCACAGAGCCGGUAGUGAAAAUGAUGGCAGAGCUCAACGACCGACCAAUCAUAUUUGCCCUGAGUAACCCGACCAGCAGAGCUGAGUGCACCGCCGAACAGGCUUACGUCUGGACUGAUGGCAGAGCCAUCUUUGCCAGUGGCAGUCCCUUCCGACCGGUGACCCUCCCAGACGGGCGCACCUUCACCCCGGGGCAGGGGAACAACGCCUACAUCUUCCCCGGGGUGGCGCUGGCUGUCAUCGCCUGCCGCGUGAGACACAUCCCGGAUGGGGUCUUCCUGUCCGCUGCAAAGGCCCUGGCAGCCCAGGUGAGUGAGGAUGACCUUGCAGCCGGCAGACUGUACCCUCCGCUCAAGGACAUCCUGAAAGUGUCCACCAAACUGGCCACACAUGUGGCUGAGUACGUGUACAGACACGGGCUGGCAGCUUUCUACCCUGAACCUGAGGACAAGGAGGCGUUUGUGAAAGCCCAGCAGUACAGCACCAAGUACAGCACUUUCCUCCCUGACGUGUACAGCUGGCCCAAACAUGCGCAGGAGAUAUCCCUUCAAGAGAUGAAACCACUCUGGGACGACUUGGACGAAAAAGGACAUUAGAGACCCCGCAGUUCACUAAAAUACCAAUAGAGGAACUAUCUAAAUACCAGGAGCUUUUUACACUGUUAUGUAAAGGAAUAUCGAACAAGGACUUAUUUCAUAAAAUGAAACCACCAUGGGAUGACUUGGACGAAAAUGGACAUUAGAGACCCUGCAGUUCACUAAGAUAUCAACAGGAGGAGCUAUUAAAAUACCAGGCACUUUUUACAACUGUCAAGCGCUAAAAUAUCAACAGGAGAGCUUUUAAAUACAUACCAGGAGCUUUUUGUACUGCUUUUUGCAACUGUCAAGGAAUACUCAACAAAGAAUUAUGAUAUAUGAACACCAUGGAGUUUACUAAAAUAUCAGCACAGGAGCUAUUAAAAUACCUGGAGCUUUUUUGAAACUGUCAAGGAAUGCCCAAUAUAUAAUAUAUAAACACAUUAUUUAAGAGCACAAAGUACAGCUGAUUUCAACUGAUUAACUUGCAGUUCAUAACAGUACCAACAGGAGGAGCUAUUGACGAUGAGCCUGAAACUUAAAAGAAGUGUGAUAAUGCUGGAACUUCAUGUCAGACAGCCUCAAAUAUACAUGUUACAGAAAUGCUAUUUAUGGAAGUUACUGCUAGGUUGGUAACAUGCUUUUUACACAGAGAAACGUACAAAAUACUAGUGGCAUUAAGAUACGACUAUGGCUCCAAACUUUCCAGCUCAACGAACCAUAGAUUUCUGAAGAAAAAUUGAAUGACUCAUUGCAGUUAUUGAAGAUCAUACUUUUCAGAACAUAUAUGUAUCAGAGAUAUGAGUAUACAUGUACAUGUAGCUUGCAGUAUAUUGUACACGUACAUGUGAGAGCAUGCAUAUACAGACGGGUAUGUUACUUUUUAGACUUGGCUGCUAUUUUCUUUGAGAACAUUGUAACAUCUCCCUUCAUAUUGUGUUUUGUACAUAAAUGUAAAACUGUAAAACGUUUAUUUAUGUUUGUGUUACGAUCUCUCACUGUUGUCACUGUUUUUUUGUUGCAUAUGGAUUAUUUUCUAAAUGUUGCUUUUUGUACAUUUUUACUUUUACAAUAUGUAUUUAUUUGAUGUGAAAUGUAUACAGAGUGUUACACAGAGUUACAUGUAUUGAAGAAACAUAAGAUUGCCAGAAGAAAUAAAGUGAACAUCAUGAUAAUGA